CCUACUGAACACACUCUUUCUCGGUGCACAGGCCAUAUCCAUGAAAGGGGAAAGGGUGGAAAUAUGAGCAUGGUUUCAGUCAAAAAUCCGUUUUCUUGAUUUUCACUCCUUUCUUGUACGCAUUUCAAGAUUGUCAAGUCGUACUCGUAUUAACGGUAUAUCUUCUUUGUGAUCGGAGGUAUGGCUUAAAUGCACGGUGCCAUUGAAUCUUGAUGCUUUUCCGGUGGACAUUUGCUCAAAUCACCUACGAAUUCACAUGUUAUACUUUCUUUAAACAGUAACUUGAACAAAUCUUGUUUCAGUGCCCAAAAUCCAUUUCGAGCCCCGAGAAAUUUGGGCUUUAAUUGCGUCGUAUGAUCUUCACGCCGACAGAUCACACCGCCAAAAUAAUUGCAUGCAGUCGGCCGCCAAAGAAUUGCAUGUGGACGGCCACUCUAUUUAAGACAGUUGCGUGCAACAAUUUCAGCAGCUUCUCAGUCUGAGAAUUCUUCUCAAAUGCAUGCAUGGAAGGUAGGGCAGGGCGUAGUUUGAUGGCUGAAGGUAGUGGAGGGUCUGCUGAUAAAGCGCUCGAUAUUUCUCCUCUUUCUUUCGUGUUGCCUCCGGAACACAUCGCUGCAAGAAAGAAGACGCGUGAGUAUAGAGAGUACCACAGGGAGCGGUAUUCUCAGAUAAAGGAGGGCGCUGUCAAAGGCAAUGAUAAGCCAACGAUAAAAAUUAAAGAACAGCUGGCACCUGAGAUUACGAAACAUGAAGUGCCGAGAUACAGAAGCUCAGAAGAUGCAGAAGUGCUGAGAUACAGAGGCUCAGAACACGCAAAAUUGCCGAGAUACAGAGGUUCGGAAGAUGCACAAGUGCUUAGAUACAGAGGUUCAGAAGAUGCAGAAGUGCGGAGAUGCAGAGGCUCAGAACACGCAAAAGUGCCGAGAUACAGAGGCUCCGAACAUGCAGAAGUGCCGAGAUACAGAGGCUCGGAAGAUGCAGAAGUGCUGAGAUACAGAGGCUCCGAUCAUGCAGAAGUGCCGAGAUACAUAGGCUCGGAAGAUGCAGAAGUGCUGAGAUACAGAGGCUCCGAACAUUCAAAAGUGCCGAUAUACAGAGGCUCCGAACAUGCAAAAGUGCCGAGAUACAGAGGCUCCGAACAUGCAAAAGUGCCGAGAUACAGAGUCUCGGAAGAUGCAGAAGUGCUGAGAUACAGAGGCUCGGAAGAUGCAGAAGUGCCGAGAUACAUAGGCUCAGAACAUGCAGAGAAAAGAAAUGGAGGAGAAAUGGACCUGAGAGAUUCGAGAUUGAGCGGUAACUCUGAAAGAAAAAGUGAAGGACAAGAAAUGUCAACUGAAGAGAGAGUAAGGUUUUUAUUGUCCAAAUAUUAUGCACUACUUAGAUGGCUGGAACAAAAGGAGGAGGCAGCGGGUCGUGUUUUUUCUGCACAGAGCAAGGCCAAUCUGCAUCAGGAAGCAGUGAACGUCCUAAGAUCAUGGUGGGAAAGUCUUCCAAAGAAACAUUUAGGGCAUGUCCCGGGAAUUCCAGUUGGAUAUGAAUUCCAGUCGCGAGUAAUGCUGAAUAUGUUGGGCAUGCACAGACCACCUCAGGCUGGUAUUGACUUCCUUGGAGAAGAAGAAACAGAACUAGGGGUUACGCUAGUCACCAGCAUUCUGUUAGCUGGCGGUUACGAAGACAAUAUUGAUAAUGGAGAAGUGAUUAUAUACACCGGGCAUGGUGGAAAUGAUUAUGAAAAGAGUAAGAAACAAAUUAAGGAUCAAGAACUCACCAAGGGGAAUAAGGCCCUGGUCAAUAGCUACCGGCAGAUGAAACCUGUGAGGGUUAUCAGAAAAUGCAUGUCCAGUGAUAGGGAAUGCCACAGCUUUAGAUAUGAUGGGCUGUACAUGGUUGAGAAUUGGUGGACCGAUAAGGGACGGUCAGGGUUUUGGGUCUACAAGUUCAGGCUCAAGAGACAACAAGGUCAGCCUCCUUUACUUUCUAAUGUCGUCCAAUUUAAGCGCAAUUCACAGCGCAAAAAUCAAGUUGCUGUAAUUAAAGAAGACAUUGCAGAAGGGCAAGAUAAGUUCCCCAUCGCUGUUGUAAAUUCUGUAGAUAAUGUAUAUGCUUUAGGCGAGUUCAAGUAUGUACGUACUGUAAAAUAUCCUAAGUGGUUGAGCAAACCUGCUGUUCCGGAAGGUUGCCGCUGUUUAGAAGGAUGUACAGAUGAUAAGGAGUGUCUUUGCGCCAGAAGGAAUGGAGGAAAAUUCCCUUACACACUGAAUGGGAGGCUUGUUAAAAGCGAGCCAGUAAUUUACGAAUGCGGUCCUUGCUGCCGGUGCCCACCGAGCUGCCGGAAUAGGGUUUCUCAACAUGGAUUGAAAUAUAAGCUUGAUGUCUUUAGAACUCCAAGAAAUCGUUGGGGUGUGCGAUCAGAAGAUUUUAUAGAGGCAGGGGAUUUUAUCACAGAAUACACAGGAAAUCUCAUUGCAGAUCCCACUUCGUAUGCCUCCCCAAGCGAAAUGAUGUUUCCAAUUGCAUCCAUACCAAUGGAAGGAAAUUGGGGUGACCUUCAUGGAAUAGUUGAGGAUGAGGAUGUCACGGUCUUACCUUCACAGAUUGUUGAGAAUGCGGGUUUCUGUGUCGAUGCAACUACAAGUGGGAACGCAAGCAGGUUUAUAAGCAGAAAUUCUAGACCAAACCUAUGUGCCCAAUAUGUUCUCUAUGAUCAUCAUGACAUUAGAAUUCCCCAUGUGAUGAUUUUCGCUACAGAAAACAUCUCGCCAAAGCUUGAGCUAUCGAUCAAUGCAUCUGUUCAACAGAACACCAUUAAACGGUUUUGCUCCAAUGUAAGAUACACUGGUAAAGCAAGUUCACUCAGUCAACGCACGAAGUUUGGUUGAUGGCUUAAAUUAUCUUGAAGCACGAGGCACAUGACAUAUUCUCUUUAAGUGCCAACUUUUUUGGAGCGAAUUGAUAUAGACAAUCUUACUCGGCAACGGCCUCAAAAGAAUUUAGGACGACUAAUGGAGUUGUACAAUUGAAAAUGUCAGAAAUAUGUAUAUUUGUAGAUGGUUACAACUUACAGGUAUAAUCAAGGAAAAUAUACGAUAAUUUUGCAGAAGUUGCAGAUCUAAUCAAGAAAAUUAUAAGAUCAGCCACCUCCUAUGGCAUGAUGAAUGUGUCCUAUUUCAUGGCAUCUUGUUGGUUGGCAAGUUUAAAUCUGAAAUAUUCACAAAUGAUAGCAUUUGGUAACAAUAACCUAAGACAACCAUGUUUCAAAGAAUGGUGUAUGACAGUCAAUACCUUACUAUGGCAUUUCUUUCACAAGGCAUAUUGGAAGUGCAAAUGGAAUUUAAGUAUGAGUUUAAAACGUAAAAUCAGGGAAAUUUAAAAAUAUGGGAAAGCCUUAGAACAGAAUAGAAAUUUUUUAAUGCCCAAGUA